AUGGUUGAUAACUUACACCAAAUCAGGCAAAUGUCUGUUGAUGUAUUUGCCUCACUUUUUUUUCUAAUCGAAAAUGGAUUACUCUCAGGUAAAAGUUCUUUUGUGUGGCUAGGCCCAUAUCCAAUAGUGUUGAUCACAGAACCUGAACAUGUAAAGGAGAUUUUGACAAAGAAUUAUGUGUACCAAAGGCAAACUCAUGCCAAUCCAUUUGCAAAGAAAUUGGCUUUAGGUCUUGCGAAGCUCGAGGAAGACAAAUGGGCCAAACACCGAAAGAUCAUCCAACCUGCUUUCCAAGUUGAGAAGUUAAAGCAUAUGCUGCCAGCAUUUUAUCAGAGUUGUAGUGAAAUGAUAAGCAAAUGGGAGGAAAUUAUUCCAAAGGAAACACCAUUUGAGCUCGAUGUAUGGCCAGACCUUCAAUUAAUUACCGCUGAAGUCAUUUCUCGAACGGCAUUUGGGAGUAGCUAUGAAGAAGGGAGAAUAGUAUUUGAACUUCAGAAAGAACAAGCUGAGUAUGUAAUUGACAUAAUUCGUUCAGUUUAUAUACCAGGAACAAGGUUCUUGCCUACUAAAAGGAACAAAAGAAUGCUGGAAAUUGAAAAUAAAGUCCAAACAACGAUUAGAAGUAUCAUCGACAAAAGAUUGAGGGCAAUGGAAGCAGGGGAGGCUAGUAAAACUGACUUAUUAGGCAUAUUACUUGAAUCCAAUAUGAGAGAAAUUAAACAACACAGAAGCAAUGAUUUCGGAAUAACAACAGCUGAAAUGAUAGAAGAAUGUAAGUUAUUCUAUUUUGCUGGGCAAGAGACCACUUCAGUGUUGCUCGCGUGGACAAUGAUUUUGUUGAGCCUACAUCCAGAGUGGCAAGCACGUGCCAGAGAGGAGGUGCUGCAAGUCUUCGGAAAUGAAAAACCAAAUUCGGAAGGGCUAAGUCGCCUCAAAAUUGUAAGUACUUUCCGCCAGUUGAUUAUGUAAGGCAACUUAAAAUAGCCCAAGAUCA